GUCAAAUUAAAAGUCCUCUCGGUACAAAAAGGUUCAAUCUUCGCUUUUGGAAUACUGUGCAGUUGGUGACUGACAGGAGAAACCACCGGGCUCCGACCCAGCUCGGUGUGGAUCUGACAGCAGAGACGGAGGAGGAACUCUGUGAGCGAGGAGCUCUUCUGGUUUUCAGGAUCUUCGUUGUAUUUUUAACUUGUUUACGUCGCUGGAGAGACUGCCUGAGAUCGGAUGAAUGCCAAACCCUGCGACUUUGCCUUCGCCAAAAGGACUCCAUGUCUUUCUUGGACUGUUCCUGCAUCUCCCAUGCUCAGGUCCAGCCAUUGGACAUAGAGGAGCAGUAUGAGGACACCAGCCACCAGUUCCUGAGCUGUGACGGUUCUGAAUACACUCUGCAAGGGCCCGCGGGGGGCGAUGACAUCACAGGGUUGUCGGCUGAGCCCGCCCACUACCAGCUACUGUCUGAGCUCGGUCGAGGCUUCAACAACCUGAGCCAGGUGAGCAUGGCCCGGCACGUCCCGACCAACCAGCUGGUGGCAGUCAAACAAACCAACCUGGACGAGUGCACCGAGGACGAGCUGCUGCAGCUCAUGAACGAGGUUCUCCUGUCCAGGCUUUUCCGCCACCAGAACCUGCUGACCUCUCGCCGGGUUUUCAGCUCUUGCUGCCAACUGUGGGUCCUCACACCGCUCAUGGCCUAUGGCUCUGCUGACAGCUUACUGAGGACAUACUUCCCUGAUGGAAUGAGUGAGUCCCUGAUCGCCUACCUGCUGUACGGUGUUCUGAAAGCGUUGGAAUACCUGCAUCGGAUGGGCUACGUUCACCGGGCACUGAAGGCCAGUCAUAUCCUGCUGUCAGGGGAGGGGCGUGUUUACCUCUCGGGGCUCCACAGUAUUUACAGUAUGAUGCGUGAGGGGAAGAGGAUGAGGGCGGUGUUCGAUAUGCCCAAUCACAGCCCCGCCCUUCUGCCCUGGCUCAGCCCCGAGCUGCUGCGACAGGACCUGCAUGGUUACGGAGUAAAGUCAGAUAUCUACAGUUUAGGUAUCGUAGCCUGUGAGCUGGUCAGUGGCAGGGUGCCUUUUCAGGACAUGGCACCCACUCAGAUGCUGCUUCAGAAGCUGCGCGGCUCCCACUGCUGCCUGCUGGACGUGGCCCCCUUCCCGCUGGGCGAGCUGGGGGGCCUGAAGGUGUCGCGGUCGGGGGUGGACUCCGGCAUCGGGGAGAGCGUGGCCACCGGGAGCCUGACACACAGCGCCACGGCUCCUCCCACCGACCGACCUCAGAGCCCCGGACCCAAGAACCACUCGGCCACCCUGCACAACCUGGUCCAGAUGUGUCUGCAGCAGCAGCCCGAGCUCAGACCGUCAGCAUCUGCACUGCUGACCCACGCCUUCUUCAAGCAGGUGAAGAGGCACAGAAGAGACUCCUUCCUCAGCCUCAUGUACCCAGCGGUGCCACUCACCAGCCCCGAGGACGCUCCAGUAUCCUGCCCCCCCGGCCCGUCCUGCCACGCUCUGACAAUGCCCAGCGCCGACACUCCCGAGGCCGUGUGGGACUUCUCCUAACCCCGCCCCCUAUUUUUCCAAUCCCUAUCCCAGGAUUGCUGAAAGCCAUGACUAGUAAACCAAACUCAAGACAAUCAAAGCAAAGUGGCCACACUCUACUGUGCUUUCCUUUUGUUCUUAUUACUAACCUAACUCUCUGAGCCUUUUCAAGUAGUUUUGUUUAAACGUGUUCAUCUAAUGCAAAUGUGGAUUUGGUUGUUGGUGAGGUGACAGUGAAAGUGCUGGAUCUAUGAAGCUGCUCUGGUAAUACACUAAGGAUCCAUAAUAAUAAUAAAGAUAAGGGACUAUGGAUGAGUCACAGGAGAACAGAUUAUUAGUUGACUACUAAUCACACUCUGACUAUGAGGACAAAAGGCAACUACGAGUUAAGGAAGUCCAGCCAGAUACACUUCAUCGUUAAACACAGAUAUUUGUGUGUUUACAGUUUACGUUUAGAAAACAGUAUUUUGUGUCUACGGUGAGUUUGUCCGUUAAAGUGUUAUGUCUUCUGACUGUGAAUGGUGAAUACUGUGGUACAGAAAAAAGAGGUUUACGCCUCCUAUGUGCAAAUAUGUUCACCGAUAUCAGAGCUUUUCACUCCAGAACCUGCCUGAGAAUCAUUGUGUUUGUUUUUUGGAGACUGACAGUAUAACAGUGAUUGUUGUCUGUACAUUUGUUGUCAUCCACUGCACCCAGGAAGUUGCAAGAGCUAAUUCAGCAGGCAACAUGUAAGAACUCAAUGGCAACAUUACACAAAGUCGCAACUAAGCGCAGGGAAAUCUCAGCUAUCAAUCAUGACGGUACAUCCUGUUUUUACAGUAUCAAAUAAUUAAUUAACACCAAACUUGACAGAUAAAUUAGCACUUGAACAUAGAGCAUAACAUACGUAAGAACUUCUUCAAAUGAUAGAAAUCAACUGAACAAUUUACCAGGUUAUUUCAGUUUACAAAACUGACCUUGAUCGCAAAUGUAAAUAUAUUUUGCUGUAUGUUUGAACAUAUAUGCCCAUGUAUUCUUGUAUAUUCAUCUGAAAUGUUUGCCUAUGAGUUAAUAGGAUAAGGUGCAACUUGGCUUCUUUAAAAAGAAGCACUUGAGCAAUAGAAUCUAUCUCUAUGUAUCAUUGGUGUUUCCUGCAGGAGUUAGGUUAGAAACCAUCCGUAGAGACACUAGAUGAAGGUAAUCACCUUCCCUGAUCAUUAGUGAUGAGGCAAAAGAGAGAUAUCUCUACUCUGUGUCUCUUACACGACAACGCCUUUAUGUUUUACUGAAACCUGAUUUCUGAAUAUGGUGAUUGAUCUAACUGUGACGAAGUGUACUGUGUAUAGCAACUGUGAUUUGCAGUACAUAUCAAACCUGGUAGCUGUAUGAGCCUGAUAUAUACACACAUAAAAGAUAUGUAUCAAUAAA